AUGCCCCCGGACGGUGCCCUGGGUGAGCUCCGCUCGUGCUGGCGGGUCCCGGCUAUCGCCCACUUUUGCUCCUUGUUCCGCACCGCCUUCAGGCUGCCCGACUUCGAGAUUGAGGAAUUGGAAGAUGCAUUGUAUCGAGAUGAUGUGGAGUUCCUCAGCGAGCUCCUGGCCUGUCUCUUGCAGGGCUGCUAUCAGCGACAUGACAUCACGCCUCAGACCUUCCACAUAUACCUGGAGGAUAUCAUUAGCUACCGUUGGGAACUUGAAGAAGGGAAGCCCAACCCACUCAAGGGGGCCAGUUACCACCAGCUGCCACUGCGCACAAGGCUGGAAAUCCUGCACCGUCUGUGCGACUACAGGCUCGAUGCAGAUGACGUCUUUGACCUCCUUAAGGGUCUGGAUGGGGACAGCCUGCGCGUGGAGCCGCUAGGAGAAGACUCCUUGGGGAACUUGUACUGGUAUUUCUAUGGGACCAGGCUCUACAAAGAAGAACCAUCCUGGGAGAAGAGACAGCGGGCACUGGAAGAAGCAGCUGCAGAGCCAGAAAAGCCAGUGAGAAAAAGAGGACGACCUCCAAAGAAGAAGAAAUUGCUGGAGGAAACUGUCAUCAGUGACCAAUUAGAAUUAAAGCUACCAACAGUUGAAGGAUUGAAGAAUGAGAACGCUAGUUCUCCUGGGGAGGGAUCCUGGUGUCUCCUUUGCCAGACGGAGCAGGAAUGGCGAGAGGUGACAGAGAGCUUCCGGGACAAGACUUCGUAUAAGGAUCGCCAUCUUUAUAAAAUACUGAGUGAAGAAUUCCUGCCUGAAAUCUGCAAUAUGAUCUCUCAGAAGGAGACCAAAAUACAGGAUGAGCAGACGCGGUUUACCUCCAAAAGACUAUCCAGCCAUUCUGGGUUCAGAUCUUUCCAGCAGGAGGAUUCCAAUCCCUCCAGAGUCCAGGAGGAAGAGGAUGAGAAGCAGCUGCUGUUGAUGAUGCAGAGAAAGGAGCAGGAGCUAUUGCUGAAGGAGGAGAGGAAAAAGGCGCAGGCGGAGAAAGUUCGAUCAGUUGAAGACCGUGCGCGGAGGAGGAAGCUGAGAGAGGAGCGUGCCUGGCUGUUGUCGCAGGGUAAAGAGUUACCCCCAGAAUUAUGCCAUCUAGAACCCUCCUCACCCAUCCGCGGAGACUAUCGAGUGCCAGAUUUGCUUGGUAUUGACUUGGACGAUCACUACACAGCGAUGUACAAAGUUCUUGAUGCAGUGAAGGCUCAUAAGGAUUCCUGGCCCUUUCUGGAGCCGGUGGAUGAGUCCUAUGCUCCCAAUUAUUAUGAUAUAAUCACCUGUCCUAUGGAUAUUUCCAAAGUGGAACAGCGGCUCUGUUCUGGGUAUUACCUUACGAAGGACCAGUUCGUCAAGGACAUCAAAACUAUUUUUAAAAACUGUGUCAAGUACAAUGGACCAAAUAGUGAAUACACAGAGAUGGCUGAGAGUUUGGAGCGCUGCUUUAAAAAGGCUUUACUUAAGCAUCUCCCAGAUGAUGAUGCAGAUUCUGAUGGAGAGACCUGGAUCUGCUCAGAUGACAAAGAGAAGCCCCUGAAGAGGCGGAGCCAAGGGAGACGCUCCAGGACUGGGGGCUGGAGAAAAAGUAAAGAUGAGGGGGGCAGAAAGCGGCAGAGUUCAGAGAGCAGUAUGAUUCACCAGUCAUCACCCAGUGAGGAUGGAGAAGAUAGACUCCACCCGGCUGUGACUAGAGUGCCCAAAGGACAACCAUGCACCCAGCCACUUCAGUUUGGAAGCAUGCCUAGGAACAACUUCCACCCAGGGGAAAGGCUGUCUGCACCAGGGAUGCAUGCUCUUCUUAGGGGUUCAAACACCAGCCUUUGCUAUGGACCCUUGAGAUUUCCAGAACCGCUCCCAGGUGAUCCUAUUCAUGUUGUUCAGACUCAUGAGGCUCAGGCCGUUCCUCACACUCCUGAAAUGCGUGAUAAUAAACCUACGGAUUGCAGAGCUCAACGAGCACCCAGUGGUUCUGAACUUGUGCCUUCAGUGAAGGCAUCUGUUCAAGAAGGGGCCAAGCAUCCACAAAUUAACUGUCCUACUGCGUAUAUUCCACCCAUCAGACCCUCUGCACCUGACCUCACUCAUCCACCUUAUAGAUAUGGACUUAAACCAGCUAUGUGGAAUGGAAAUGGCCACCAGAACAAAGGUCCAAUAGGAGGGCCUCCACAUUAUUCCCAGCUAUUUGACCCUCGAUUAAGAGCCCCAGGACACGACUCCAAUGUUAAAAAUUCUCUUGGUUCUUCUGGGAAUUCCAUGAUGGACAGUCCUGAGAUGAUUGAAAUGCAAAGGCUGUCGUCCUUUAUCUGUCUCCCUUCAUCAGGUUACACAUCUCAACCACUCGCAGCUCCGUACCCUUCCCAGCCACCCUCAACUCCAUACACUGAUCAACCACCUUCGACACCUUACCCAUCCCAAGUUUCUCCUAUUCCUGAGCCAUCUCGGCCAUCUCCCUCUCCAGUGCAGCACAGUGAAAUACUUGAUGGAAAUGAUGGAAUAGAUGUUUCCCCUAAUCCUGACAGACUAACUGACCAAGCAACAGAUGCUAAAGAAGUUUCUGCAUCUCCUGUGCCACCAGUGUCAUCACAGGAGCAAACUCCCCUUGACUUACCUGUGCCACCAACAAAUUCAGGUCCUAGUCCAGCUCCUCCCACUGAAGUCAACCCUGAUAGUCCGAGCAAUCUCGUACCCAAUGAUGCUCCAAAUGCGGAUAAGUCAGAGACUUUAGUGUCUGGCAUAUGCCUUGGAAACAGCCAAAAUCAUUGUGUGAGCCCUCAGAAUGGAUUGGGCACACCAGAAAAUGCACUAGAGGUCUCCAAGCUGCCAGAACCUCAGCCAGUCAUUCACCAGGUGGUUCCUCAACCAUUACCCCAAGUAGACAUGGCUGACCCAGGGCAUAGACAUGAAUUUGCCUCUGUAAUGCCAACUGCUGGCCACACACCAGUCAUUAGUCAGCCUCCAAAACCUCAUCACCCUAUCCAACGUUUUGGAAAUGGACACCUACGACCUCACCUGGGCCAUUUUCCCAGGUACCUUCAUCAGGGUGAAGCUUACUUAUAUCCACAGCCACAACAAACGCAACCUCCAUACCAGCCUUAUCAGAGGCCUCCUUAUUAUCCUCAGGAGUACCAACGUUGGCACCACAAUAGACCUCAAGCCCCGCAGAACUUAGGGGGUUACCACCAACCAGAUAGGGCUCUCAACACACCCAAUAUGGGAGAGUUACGAAGCCUUCUCAUGUCUCCUCUGCUAGAAGGAGAGCCACGAGCUGUGCCAGGAGAAAGCAUUGAGUGUCCAGAGGAAAAGGCAGAAAAGAGUGAUGAUCCCUCCAGCCGUCCGGAGAGCCCCAAACAGUUCUUGGAUUUAGACAGUCAUAAGAGACAGAGUGGCUCAUAUGCUUAUGGACGGCAACAUGGCUGGGCAAAUCCAAACUUCCAACUCCCAUCCAAUAUGAUGCCUCAGUCACACUACCCUCCCCAACACCAGUACCACCCUCGAGGAUACCCGCACCAGCCUUUACAACAGCAUCGUCACCCUGUCCCCAGACAGACCAAUGGCCAUCCUCAGGUGGGCCCUGGUUAUCCACAUAUUGACAGUAGGGGACACUUCCAUGCUGCAACGUUGGAAGGCAGCAUGCAUCAGUUUACUGACAUGUACCGACCGCAAGGCGUACAGUUUGAGAAUAGUAGGAAAUAUUUCAAUGUAAGGCCUGGUAUAGAUGCAGUGACAAAGAAGCACCACUAG